AAUAUUGGUGUUUCGCGGUUGGCACACGCCGGUUCUCGAUAUAUACCUGAGGAAUACGCUUGCCGAUUAGAAACACUUAUUACUUGCAUUCUCUCGCAUUUUCUCUCACUUUCUCUCUCGGCUUACAAACACAAAUCUUUAGUCACCUUAAAGAUCAAAAGAUGAAUCUCGCUCACACCAUCUUCGGCGUUUUCGGAAAUGCAACUGCUCUGUUUCUCUUCUUGGCUCCUUCGAUAACAUUCAAGAGAAUCAUCAAGAACAAAUCAACUGAACAAUUCUCUGGUAUUCCUUACCCAAUGACUCUCCUCAACUGUCUCCUCUCCGCUUGGUACGGGCUUCCAUUUGUGUCAAAAGACAACUUACUUGUGAGCACAAUCAAUGGCACAGGAGCAGCGAUUGAGAUAAUCUACGUGUUAAUCUUCCUUUUCUACGCACCAAAGAAGGAGAAAGCAAAGAUCUUUGGUAUCUUCACUUGCGUCUUGGCCGUAUUCGCAACAGUAGCUCUCGUCUCUCUCUCUGCCCUCCAUGGAAACUCAAGAAAACUCUUCUGUGGUAUCGCAGCCACUGUUUUCUCCAUCAUCAUGUACGCUUCUCCACUCUCCAUCAUGGUAAGCAAAUCAAUUAUUGUGUCUCUUUCAAUUUUUUACUCUUUUUUGAGGUUGUUGAUUUACUGACUUGAUUUACUUUAUCUUA